CGAUUGACAUUCAUUCAGCCUUGCACUGUACCGAACCUGCGAAUUGCGCCCACAAAUCCCCAUAUCGACUUCACCCUCCGCCUUGUGUUCUCAACGCGCGCGCUUCACAAUGUCCGGACGUCGUUCUCGGUCGGGCAGAGCCGCUGCCAAGCGCGCCUCUGCUGCGCUGCAAAGCACGCCCAGAGCCUUUGAAGGCAUCGACGAUGACGAGCCCGUCCCUGAAGCAGUCGAGUCAGAGCCCGAGCACGAGGCGCCACCCGAAGAUGACGAAGAGGACGAGGAGGAAGAAGAGAAGGCAAAUGAGUCAGGCGAUGAAGAGGAAGCCGCCGACGAGGAUGGAGAGGAGGAAGAGGAAGAGCAAGCAAACGACGAGGGAGAGGAAUCCGAACCUUCAGCCAAAGAACCGACUCCCCCGACCGAGCCCGUGGUGCGUCGCAAGCGACUAGGACGGCCCCCUAAGAACAAGCCACCUGGCUGGGACAAUAUGAUCACCGUACCCGCAUCCGAAGCCGACACUCCGCGACGUAGAGGUCGCGGAGGCUGGCGCGGCCGCGGCGGACGCCGGCCUGCGCCUGGACAGGCACCUCCCAAGCUCAAGCAGGUGAUUGACAAGGAGGGCACAGAGGUCGACAUUGUCGACGACGAGUGCGUGCUCCCCGAGGACGCAGAGGGCGAGCAAAAGGUCGACAAGCUCGGUAACCUCCAGGGCGGCCGCCAGUACCGUUGCAGAACAUUCACGGUCAAGGAUCGCGGCGAGAGGCAGUACAUGCUGUCGACGGAGCCCGCACGUUGUGUCGGUUUCCGCGAUAGUUACUUGUUCUUCAACAAGCACCCGAAGCUGUACAAGAUUAUCGUGAGCGACGACGAGAAGAUGGACAUGAUUGAGCGGAAUAUCAUUCCCCACUCAUACAAGGGCCGUGCGAUAGGUAUCGUCACGGCGCGAUCCGUCUUUGUCGAGUUCGGCGCGAGGAUCAUUGUGGGAGGUCGGAAUAUCGUGGACGACUACCGCGUGGCUGACAUGCGCACCUCUGGCAUUAUCGAGGGACACAUUGCGGACCCUUCAGACGUCUUCAACCCCAACGAGCCGUACAACACAAAUCAGUAUGUUGCGUGGUUCGGUGCCAGUGCCGUGUACCAUACCAACCAAACACCGGCUGCUUCGGAUCCUCUUGCUGGUUUGACAGAGGUGAAGAAGAAGAGGGUCAACGUGAACGAUACGAACUGGCAACUGGAGCACGCUCGUGCUGCAAGCGAGUUCAACAGUCGUCUCAACGCCAUCCGCAUGGCAACGUUGCGGAACGGCGCAUACGACAUUCACACCAACCUGAUGCAGAAGCCAGUCAACACGCAGCCCACCCGCGCUCGCGUCGAGAGAGUCACUCCUGGCGACACAAGCGAUUCGAACAGCGCAUUCCCCUCCGUACCCUCAGCCGUGCAGCGCAACUUCAACGUGGUGGACAUUGUCUACGAAAUACCGCGCGCGGGCGUCCAAUCCGCCGGAAAGCGACCCGCCGAGGUCCCCGACUUCUUGAAACCCUUCAACGGCAUCCUGGCCAUCGGCGACGACCUCAAGGCCCUCCUGCCGCCGGAGUGUCGCGAAUCCCUCGAGAGGCACCAGAACCAGCAGCGGGAGUUUGAGUCGCGCUUCGGCGACGAGAAGGAUAAGAUGGCAAGGGGGAACCUGCAGAUCGACAAGGCGAUUGUGCCGCAGGGCAAGCACUCUUAGAAGGAGCUGAUUGCGAUCCCCGGCUUCUAUCCCACGCCUGACGGCCGCUUCAUAUCGGCGAUGGGCAGACGCGAGUGCAGCUUUUGCGGUGGUAAUGUGAGGGUUUGCGGUCACGGGAGGGAGAAGAGGGCGGUGUUUCAUACGAGGCAUCUUGGUGCUGUCAAGGCUGAGGCUGUUGCUGCUCGGAAGAUGAUGAAGUCGGAGUCUUUUCAGGGCAAGAUGCCGAAUGGGCCUUCUUCCCUUUCGAAGAUGGUGAGCGCGAGUGUCGAGUCUCCCAAGAGGGCGACGAAUGGAGUUGUCACCCGGGGCGCGAAGCGUUCUUCGGAUGGGCUUGGUUCGGGUGAAGCUGUGGGGAAGAGGGUUAAGAUCCAGUCUGAUGUAUUCCGCGGUGGCAUUUGA